GAAGAAGAUCCGAGGGCUGAGGUAAGCAGGUUCCAACGCCCGGUCAAAGUGGAAACAAUAGAUCAAAAGGUUCAUGGUGACCGGUCAGAGUAAGCUUUAUUUUUUAUCACAGGAGGCUUGUCAGCAUGAAAUAAAAACAAAUUACUUGAGGCAAAGAUUUUUUUUUUCCUUAACUGAGUUUCAGCAAACUUCAGACCCAGACACAGGACUCAACGGUAUAUUUCCUGGACAGCAAGGUACUAUCAUGGCAACCACAAUCUGUUUCCUCAUCUGGGUGGCAUUCAUAACAGAUUCUGUGUGGACUCGAACUGUGAGACAGGUCUAUGAGGUCCAUGAUCCAGAGGAUUUUAAUGAGCAAGACUUCGAUUGUCCCAGGGAAUGUUUCUGUCCCCCCAGUUUUCCUACCGCUUUAUACUGUGAAAAUCGUGGUCUCAAAGAAAUCCCUGCUAUUCCUUCAAGGAUCUGGUAUCUUUAUCUUGAAAACAACCUGAUAGAAACCAUUCCUGAGAAGCCAUUUGAGAAUGCCACCCAGCUGAGGUGGAUCAAUCUAAACAAGAACAAAAUAACCAACGAUGGAAUUGAAAGAGGAGCCCUCAGCCAGCUAAAGAAGCUGCUUUUCUUAUUUCUGGAAGAUAAUGAGCUAGAGGAGGUUCCUUCUCCAUUGCCAAGAAGUUUAGAGCAAUUACAAUUAGCUAGAAACAAGGUGUCUAGAAUUCCUCAAGGGACCUUUAGCAAUCUGGAGAACCUGACCCUUCUUGACCUGCAACACAAUAAACUAUUAGACAAUGCCUUUCAAAGGGACACCUUUAAGGGACUUAAGAACCUCAUGCAGCUAAAUAUGGCCAAGAAUGCCCUGAGGAAUAUGCCACCAAGAUUACCAGCCAACACAAUGCAACUGUUUUUAGACAACAAUUCCAUUGAGGGAAUACCAGAAAAUUAUUUUAAUGUGAUUCCUAAAGUGGCCUUCUUGAGACUCAACCACAACAAGUUAUCCGAUUCAGGUCUCCCGUCCAGUGGUUUUGACGUGUCAUCCAUUCUGGAUCUCCAGCUGUCUCACAACCGACUCACAAAAGUGCCCCGAAUCAAUGCACAUCUGCAGCACCUGCACCUGGACCACAACAAAAUUAGAAAUGUGAACGUCUCUGUGAUAUGUCCUGCCACUACCACACUACCUGCAGACCAAGACUCCUUCAGUUACGGACCUCAUCUGAGCUACCUGCGUCUGGAUGGAAAUGAAAUCAAACCACCAGUCCCAAUAGAUUUAAUGAAUUGUUUCAGGCUCCUUCAGACUCUCAUUAUUUAAACACAUUUUCAACAAUCUAAAAUUGAUUUAAUACACUAAUAUUUCCAACAUGAUAUUUGGAUAACAUUCAUAGGUUUAAAGCAGAAAUCACAUUUCCAGUUGUUCCAGGCCACCAUUUUCAUCUGUGCAGUUUAGUUUUUCUAUUCAAAGAGGCUUCUUUCACAGUAGAAUAGACCAUUUUUUUAAGAGAGAGAGAGAAAGAGAGAGGGAGAGAGAGAGAGAGAGACAUGAGUUG